ACUAAACAAUGAACAUGUAAAUUAGCCAGAUUCAUAUUCGGAAACGAGUAAGAGCGGGAACCGGACGUUUGCCAGUAUGGGACGAUGCUCGGGAUGCUGAGAGCAACUUCACCCGUAAAAAAAAGGAAAUAUGCACUGGUGCGCCAAAUUAUUCAACAUGUUGAGUUUUCGGUGUAAAUGGAACGCGUGAACAAAAGCUCGCAAAACGUCGCCGCACACUGCGGGGAUUUGCUUACCCGCUAAGUUAACGGUACAAGAAGCCCACUAUCAUCGUUGUCCAGUGAAGCGUGUGUUUUAUAUAGUUCAGUGGUCUGCACGAUGAGAAAUCCAAUAUGGUUGGUAAUGUGGAAAUUACGUGGUGCCAGUGGUGGUAUAUAUUCACGCUAGGAAAUCCAAAUCGUAGCUGAUAUUGUAACUUACAAGUAGUGUUAAGGUAGAAUGGGGAAAAAAGGUAAAGUUGGUGUUGGUAGAGCAGUAUUAAAAGACAAGAGCAAAGGAGGACGUCUGGGUAAAAACAAGGAAAGUUGGUUACAUACAAGUGAACUGAAUGAUAGUGAAGACUGGAAUAGAAUAUGUACAAAGUCAGUGACGGAGCAAAGUGCUUUAGAUGAGUUUCUUACAACAGCUGAACUUGCUGGUACUGAGUUUGUCGCAGAAAAACUGAACAUCACCAUAUAUAAUGCUGACAACAGUGGUGGUUUGCCAUCAAAGCAAGAACAACAACGUAUACAAGAAAUACAAGACCAACACAAACAGUUCUUGCAAAUUCCAAGAAGACCAAAGUGGGAUGAAAGUACAACACCUGAACAACUGGAUCAACUAGAGAAAGAUAACUUCCUGGCAUGGAGAAGAGGAUUGGCAGAAUUACAAGCUAAAGAUGAUUUAAUUCUCACACCUUUCGAAAGAAAUCUUGAAUUUUGGAGACAAUUGUGGAGGGUUAUAGAGAGAAGUGAUGUUGUAGUCCAGAUAGUUGAUGCAAGGAAUCCAUUACUCUUUCACUGUGAAGAUUUGGAAAGCUAUGUGAAAGAAAUUGACCAUUCCAAAGUUAAUGUUUUGCUGAUAAAUAAAGCGGAUUUUCUUACACAGAAACAAAGGGAGACUUGGGCUACCUAUUUUAAGAGUGUUGAUGUAAAGGCUAUAUUUUGGUCAGCAGUUUAUGAGACAGAAAGACUAAAGCAAAUGAAUGACCUUAAAGAAACUGAAAAUCCACCAUCACAGUCUGAAGCAGAAGAACCUGAAGCAAUUUUAACUGACAGUCAUGUUACUGAAUUUCUAAAUUUAAAAAUAGAGUCAGAAGGUGAGGUAACAAACAAUCAUCCCUCACUGUUUAACAGUGAAGAAUCAAAGAGUGAUGUUGUGCUGUCAAAUUCUGACCUCAAAGAACCCUCAAGUGUUGCAACUAUGGACUAUCUCUCAUCUAAAAGUGAUGUUGGGACAAAUGCGCUUUGUGAUGAGAGUGGUAUUAUGGAACAUUCUGAUGCAAGAACUGACUAUGAUCCUAGUGAUUGUGAAACUUCCCAAAUAUCUCAAAAUAGCUCAACAAAAAAAGACACUAUGUCAAUGGAUGGUACAAAUUGUAACCCAAGUAAAUUCAUGGAUAGCAAUUCUGAAGAGGUUAACCAAAUCAUAACAAGUGACAAGGAAAAAGAAUCAUUAAAUAUAGGUUCAGAUACAGAAUCAUCUGUUGAACAAGGUGAUUGUGUGACUGGUGAAAAAUCCUUUCAAAUGAGCAAUGACAGUAUUAUUAGUGACAAACCUCUGGACUAUGAUCGAGGUGCAGUUGAUGAGCGUAUAGCUGUAAAGAAUGUUGAGUUUUAUACAAGUGGUCAUUUGUUGACGGGUGAAGAGCUGUUGGUAUAUUGUCAAUGGUUACAUCACCAGGCUAUUGGCCAUAUUGAGGAUGGUAAGGAUGAGAAAGAAAGGAAAACUGUAAUUGGCUUGGUUGGAUACCCCAAUGUUGGCAAGAGCUCAACAAUCAAUGCAAUCUUACAAGCAAAGAAAGUUCCUGUGUCUUCAACACCUGGAAGAACAAAACAUUUUCAGACUCUGUUGGUGGACAAAACAAUCUGUUUGUGUGACUGCCCUGGACUGGUAUUUCCAUCAUUUGUUUCAACAAAAGCUGAAAUGGUAGUCAGUGGUAUUCUCCCAAUUGAUCAACUUAGAGAUCAUGUUCCUCCCGUGGCACUCGUAUGUCAGCGCAUACCACGAGAUGUAUUAGAAACACUUUAUGGUAUUAACCUUCCUAAACCAGAGGAAUAUGAGGAUCCAGACCGCCCACCAUUCACUGAGGAAUUUCUGGACGCAUACAGCUACAGCAGAGGUUUUAUAACAAGUCAAGCAAGAUCAGAUUCGCCACGCUCCGCGAGAUACAUCCUUAAAGAUUACGUCAAUGGAAAGUUAUUGUACUGUCAUCCACCUCCAACACAUGAUCCUAAAGAUUUUCAAAUGUCGUUUACUAAUGAUGUAAAGACAAUCAAGCGACGUCCACCAACAAAUUCCAAACAUGAAAAUAAAACAACCGUUAGUAAAAUGGAUAGUGAUUUUUUCAAACAGGAAGAUGUCAAGUCCCAUACCUCAGCGACAACAGGGACAGAACAAUACCAGAGACUGAUGACAUCACAAGUUGGACCAAAUAUGGUAAUUGUGGGUAAGCCAUGGAAAAAACAUGGUAAUAGAAAUAAGAAAGAAAAAUUAAGGCGAUUAAAACCAAAUAACUACUGAGUACAAAAGUUAAAUAUUUUUAAUAAAUACUGUUCCAGUUAUUAACAUGACGUUAUUAAAAUAACUCAACUAAAGUCAAUAUAUCUCACAGAAAUUCAAAUAUUAUGCAUAAUUACACAAAACGGUUUUCCCUUGAACAAAUAAACUCUUAAAACUGCAUAAAUGUAGGGUAGUUUCUUUUAUAAUUUUUUUCUUAAUUGUGUCUCAUUCUUGAAAUGUGUUUUCUUCAGGAGAAUAUUAUUCAAUGCAAGUAAUUCGAUGUCAUAAUUAGUCAUGCUGUUUUUGUUUUUAUCAAAGAUACAUCACGUCUUAUGACAUCAGGUUGAUUGCAUUGUCCUUUUAGAGAAAAUAAAUUAUUUCAAGAAUAAAACAUUGACGUAAAAGGGAAGUUAUUGUACAUUUUCAGAGUUCU